AUGGAGACCAAACUAAAUGAAUCAAUCUAUCCGAAAGGAAAAUUAAAUCUGUCAUUUGCUGGUUGUGGAUUUUUAGGGAUAUACCAUGUAGGUGUUGCCAGUUGUUUCAAGAAGUAUGCCCCCCACGUCUAUAAAGAUAAAAUUGCUGGAGCAAGUGCCGGAGCCUUAGUGGCCUGUGCUCUCAUUGCUGAUCUGCCGCUAGGCGAAUGUACAACAUUUGUUUUAAACCUGGUCUUGGAAUGCAGAAAAAGAUUUCUUGGACCUUUCCACCCUAACUUUCAUCUGGUCGAGGCACUAAGAAAAACUUUAAAUGAGUUUCUACCGGCAGAUGCGCACAAACUCACAACAAACAAAUUGUUCAUUUCGUUGUCAAGAUUUCCCGAUUUAAAAAACGAGAUGGUCUCUAAAUUCAACACCAAAGACGAUUUAAUUGAUGCCCUGAUCUGUUCAUCAUACAUCCCCUUCUAUUCAGGUUUCACACCUCCGCAAUUUCAAGGAAAGCCAUACAUGGAUGGAGCACUGAGUGACAACCUUCCAAAACUGGACAACUGGACCAUCACUGUGUCUCCAUUUGCUGGAGAGAGUGACAUCUGCCCGUGUGACCAAUCAGACUCCAUGCACUACAUCAACCUUGCAAACACCAGUGCCCAGGUUAACUGCAACAAUGCCUACAGAGGAGCUGUCUGCUUUCUACCUCCUUCCCCUGAAGUUCUCAGUCAGAUGUGUCAGAACGGAUUUGAAGAUGCUUUGAGGUUUCUCAAAAAGAAAGGUCUGUUCGUCGUAUUCACGCUGCAAAAGUUAUUUAAUAGAUUCUACAUAUGUUGA